AUGAGCGUUGAAGAGGUGCCUCGUUCCGCAGCCAAGUACCACUACCCCAGCAUGUUACCAGCCGGCACACACAAAAUUCCUUCUGAAGGAUCCAACAGCUUUGCAGUUAGCCCCCUUUGGAGCAGCAAAGCGAACGUUAAAUGGCUCCACACGGCCAUACCUCACUUGCCGGCACACACGAAGCGUCACCUGGCGCCCAUGGUAUCAGCCCACAAUGAUGUAUUGACUGGGCCUAACUGGGCCUACCCUGUCGCUACUUCGGGUAGCCGUUCCCCUACACCUUUGCAGGUAGCAUCGGCAGCACGGCUCGGUACCGAUGGAGAGGAGAGCAUCGACACACGUCUCCGCGGUCGAAGGCGACGGCUCAAGCUUCGAGAAGGUUGGAAGAAGUGUCUUAGUUCGCACCAUUACCAUCGGCCCCCAUCUGCCACGGAUGGGCCCUUGGAGCUAGCGCCAGCCCUUGCCUGUCGAAGGAAAUCAGACCCUCCCGGCUAUCACCGCAGCUCUUCGGCACCGGUUCUGUUACUCUACACAGUACGUCCUCAUGAACAGCAGUGUGAGGUCUCUUGA